UGAAGGCAAAGGGCCAGAUAGAGAGAAGCAAGGGAAGCAGGAAGAUAGAGCUGGGAAGAACUCUCAUAGGGGAAGGGAAAAAAGGGAGAAAAAGAGAGGGUAAAGAACGGAAAAAGCUAUCUUUCCAGUUCAUUUCUCCUUCCUCUAAUUAUAUUGUCAUUUUUGUUACUCAUCAGGACAGCAGCAAUAUAGUCUCUCCUCUGCCAUGGAUAUGAUCUUUGGCAAGAACAAGAAGGAACAUCCAGAGCCUUUGAGAGCCAAAAUUAGAGGUGAGCUGCCAACUUGGCUUCAUGGUACUCUUCUACGGAACGGCCCUGGCAUGCACACCAUUGGGGAGACUACUUAUAAUCAUUGGUUCGAUGGUUUGGCCUUAUUACAUAGUUUUACCAUUCAAAACGGUGAAGUUCAUUACCGAAGUAAAUACCUCCGAAGUGACACAUACAAUUCCAAUAUUGAAGCCAACAGGAUUGUGAUAUCAGAAUUUGGAACUAUGGCUUAUCCAGAUCCUUGCAAAAAUAUAUUUUCCAAAGCUUUUUCCUACCUAUCCCACACUAUUCCAGACUUCACCGAUAAUUGCCUCAUCAAUAUCAUGAAAUGUGGGGAGGACUUCUAUGCUACUACAGAGACAAAUUAUAUUAGGAAAAUCAAUCCAGAAACUCUGGAUACCUUGGAGAAGGUUGAUUACCGUAAUUAUGCAAACAUAAAUGUGGCAACUUCUCAUCCUCACUAUGAUGCUCAAGGGAAUGUCCUCAACUUGGGCACAUCCAUCGUUGACAAGGGAAAAACUAAAUAUUUGGUGUUUAAGAUACCUCCCACAAUACCAGAGAAAAAAAAGAAGAAAAAUAACUUAAAACACUUGGAAGUCAUCUGUUCCAUCCCAUCUCGCUCUCUUCUCAACCCAAGCUACUACCACAGUUUUGGAAUUACUGAAAACUACAUCAUUUUCCUAGAGCAGCCCUUUAAGUUGGAUAUUUUAAAGAUGGCCACUGCCUACAUUCGAGGCACAAACUGGGCUUCUUGCCUUACCUUCCACGAAGAAGACAAGACUUACAUUCACAUUAUUGAUCGAAAGACAAAACGGACCCUGCAGACCAAAUUUUAUGCUGAUCCCAUGGUUGUCUUCCAUCAUGUAAAUGCCUAUGAAGAAGAGAAUCAUAUCGUGUUUGAUGUCAUUUCCUAUAAGGACCACAGUCUUUAUCAGCUCUUCUACUUGGCAAACUUGAAUCAAUUCUUUGAGCAGAACUCUAAACUUACUUCUACACCAACCCUCAAGAGAUUUGUCAUUCCUCUCCAGAUGGACAAGGAUGCAGAAAUAGGUGAGAAUUUAGUCAAACUUGAAUCGACAACAGCAACUGCUCUGAAGGAAAAAGAUGACCAAGUCUACUGCCAAUCAGAAGAGCUAUGUGAAGGGAUUGAGCUGCCCCGUAUUAACUAUGCUUACAAUGGGAAAAAGUACAGAUACAUUUAUGCAGCAGAAGUACAGUGGAAUCCAGUUCCAACAAAGAUAUUGAAAUUUGAUAUUCUGACAAAGUCAUCAUUGAAAUGGGCAGAGGAGCACUGUUGGCUUGCUGAGCCCGUGUUUGUGCCUGCACCAAAUGCACAACAAGAAGAUGAUGGUAUUAUAUUGUCAGUGGUUAUCUCCACCGACUCCAAGAAAUCACCUUUUCUGCUGAUAUUGGAUGCAAAACGAUUUACAGAACUGGCUCGGGCAUCAGUUGAUGUGGAAAUACAUUUGGAUCUACAUGGGCUAUUCAUUCCCUCUGGGGAUUCGCCUGAAGAGCAGGAGGGCAAUGUGCUUAGGAACUAAAUCUAGUAGUCUAGCCUAGAGUGAUGCUACUUUGAGAUUUGGGAACAGACAAACUGUGUAGGACCUUAUAGAACCAUAAGCCUGGAAACUUUUUCCUUAUCAGGUACAGUUUUAUUUUUUAUUCUUGAGAUGGUAUAUUAAGUAGAAAGAAAGCAAGGUUCAAUGCCUUUAAUUUCAUUUCAUUUAAAUUAUAAUAACAAUUAGAGGCUGCAUGGUAUAAUAUAUGGAGGGUCAGUUUUGGAGUCCAAAAGGCUUAUAAGUUCCACUUCUGACACAUACUAAUUAAGUAACCAUAAGCAAGACACUUUAAGUCUUAAUACCUGGGGAAACUUUAUAAGACUAUAAUUCAUUGAUAAACUGCUAUCCUGCACAGGUACAGGGGAUUCCCACACUAAUGAAGUGACAAGUCUGGUUUACAAAAAUAGUAAUUCGAAUAGCUGAUAUUUAGACAGUUUAAAUUUGUUAAGCACUUAUGUACAUCAUCUUAUUUGAUCCUUAUAACUACUCUGAGAAGUAGAUAUUGUUAUUAUCCUUAUUUUACAAAUAAAGAAACUAAGGUUUCAGAGAGGCUUAGGUUUACUGACUUGUCCAUGGUUAUAUAGGUCUUAGGUAUCAAAGAUAGAAUUUGAACACAGGUCUCUCCUGAAACACAGUUCUCUUUCAAAUAUAUACCAUACUGCCUCUCUUUUGUCUUUGUUUGAAAUUAACAAAUAUUUAUUGAGUGAAUACUAUGUAUCUAGCACUGAACGAAAAAGAAAACUUUUUAUUUUGAGCAUUCAUUACACGGAAAUUCUCACUAAAAUAAAUUAUAUACUUUAAAUGAUAUUUUGCAAUGCUAAUUAUAAGGAUUUACCCAUUACCAAACAUACAAAUUGGCAUCAGAAAAUGUUUUAAUCUGGCUAAAUUGAGGUUCUCUUCCUUCCUAAAUCCUGGCAUGAUGUUUUUUGUUAAUUUUCCUUUUAAUAAAACUAUACAAUUAGGAAACUGAUGCACUGUCACUUAAGAAUUUCAUUAGCAGAAUAUCCACGUGCCUUCAGUCCUCAAUUUUAGUGAGUGGGUUUCUACAAACUCCAUGCACUGAUAUUGGUUUUCAGUAAAUAUGCUUCCGUUUGUUUAGUUAUAAUUGCAUUUUAAAAGCUCCAUCUCAAAUAUAUUUGUAUUUAGAUUUUAUUCUCACCCAACAAUUUGUUAAUUACUAAAAGCUUACACCUUCCACAAUCACCUGGAGACACUAACGAGAGAUUCAUGGUCUUCUGCUAUAGAAUAGCAGCAUUGGAUACGACUGAAAGUAAUUCUCUUCCUCUUCAGAUUUUCCAAGAAUGGUUGUUUCACUCUUCCCUUGUCAUCACACUUUUCCCAUGUAUUACACUUAUCUCAGUACAUGUGUAUCUUAUUUUGAGGGCAGAAUUUAUAUUUAUUUUCCCAGCCCUGGAACACAGGACUUUGUACUUAGCAGGAAUUUAAUAAAUGUUGCUAGAAAUUGAAUUGUAACAGAAUCAUCUGAUAUCAUCUGUUUAAAGUCAAUUUGUUUUCCUUUAGAUACAGGAACAUAAGAUUCUGAAGUGGGAUCUCAGAGAUAAACUAGUUCAAUAUCCUCAUUCUGAGAUACAGUCCCAGAAAAAUUAAAUUAUUUGCCUGUGGUCCAAUAGCUAUUAAAAGACAGAACUAAAAUUUUUCUUAUGUAAGUAUUAGUAUUUUCAUUUUAAGAAGGGAAAUUGAUCCCCAACCAACUGAUUUUCCUCAAAGGAAUGAUGAAGUUAAUUUGUUAAUACUUUGUUAUCCCAGUUUGAACAUUUUCUCUGGUGAAAUCAGUAAGCAUAUUUAGGAUUGGCUGCAUGAAAAUUUGUCAAUCCCGGGCACAAGUCAGGCAGGAACCAGCAGAAUUCAGGAGUACCAGUAGGAGAUACACAUUCUCCAGACAGACACAGAAACAGAAAGGCAGUAUUCAAACAGCUUUAAGAAGGAUUUCUGACAAAGAAAGAGUUACACAAUUGAGAUCUAGUUAUUGCAAUAAAGAAUUGAAUAUGAAGAGGGAUAUAAGCUGAGACCCUCCUCUAAAUAGCUUACUCCCAGAAACAUGAGUCCGGGAUCACUUGUUGAAGAACUCCAUGAUGAGAGAAAGGACACUGAGGUCUUACACCCCUUGAAAUUUAAAUUGUGUGCUAGAGGCAGUUCAAAAUAGCUCAGGAUUGUUAAAAUUUCAGUGUGAGUACUCACACCUAAAAAAAUCAGCAAACAUUUAAAUCAGGACUUGAAUUUUUUGUUUCGUUGAUUACCUGGUCUUAAGACUGUGAUGAGGAAAAUGUUCAUAUUAUAAAUUAAACUUAAAAGGAUGUCAUGUGUACUUUUUUGGAUCCAGUUAUUAAACAUUUAGCAGCAUAUCCUGCCUAUGAAUUAAUUAUAGUUUCAGAACUGCAAACACAUAGGUUACCCUAGAACUUAAGGGUGGUAGCUGCCUUCUAGGGACUAAAAUCUUGAGUAUGAGCACAUAUGGAUAGGGUACUUAACCAUAAACAACAUCCCUGACUGUGAGAUACAUAGUAGUGCUUCUAAAAUUUUGUCAAUGGUAAUGGUAUUCACUGAGUAAUGGUGUCACUAAAUUUAUAUAGAAUUCAAAUUUAUAUAGAAACAAUAACCAUAUCAAGUUUCUAUAGAAACUGCAUAUCAUUUCUAAUUUAGCUUGUACUAUAAGGCCAAAUUUAUUGGCUCAAAAGACAAAAAAUUACUAGAAUUGCUCAGCAUUAUAGUACCUAAUACAAUUUUUAAAUGUCUUUCAUCUAUGGUUUUUUAUUGGAAGCAUUAAAUGUAGACUUUAAUAUUUUUUCUGUGUUUUUUCAAAUAAACUCAUUUCCCUUUCCCUUCCACCUACUUCUACAUUGAAAACAUUUUUAAAAAAUUCUUAUGUGCCUAAUUAAGCAGAACAAAUCCACACACUGGCUAUAUCCCAAAAAAAAAAGUAAUACUUCAGUCUGCAACUGAGUCUAUCACCUCUUUGUCAGAGUAUGUACACCAUACACUACUAGUCCUCUGGAGCCAUGAUUGCUCAUUGCAUUCAUUAGAGUUCUCAAGUCUUUAGAAG